CAGACAAACGUGCUGAAAAAGGCGUUUCUUGCUGCUCUUAUUACAGGAAUAUAAUAACCCACCAAGCCAAACGACCUAUUACUCUUGUUUGAUUGCUACUACUAAGCGCUUGUUGUUGUUGUCGUCGUUUAGCGUCAAUUUUGUCCUCAUUACGCUCUCUUCUAUUUCUUAGAGAAUAUUUGACGAAGAAGGCUCGUUCGGUUUAGACAUAAUCAGAGAUUAUUCCUAAUGUAAAAUGUUUAGAUGUUGACCAAAUUCCCUCGCUUUGAGGACGCUUUGUCGCCUUUAUAGCACCACUGGAACAAUGUCAGCAGCUGUGACACACUGGACUUGGAUUCGCGUAAAUUGUACAGCCUUUUCAAACUGGCAUCGCACAUUUUUCUGUCUUUUUGUGUCGUACAGAAGGUGACGAUUUUAUUUCCACAAAGGCUCUUAUGCCAGAGCCACAUUCAGGAAUGGUUGCUAGCCAUACAAGUGCCCAAUAUGAGAGGGACGAAUCACAGGUUCAACAAAUUCAGCAGUCCCAAGCAGCUCCCUACUCAUGGGCCCCAGCUGAGGACUUGCAUUUCGUCACCACCACCUUUCAGCACCUACACACCUCAGGAUGGUACUGGGGUGCUGUGACAGCCAGUGAGGCAAGGGAUGCCCUCAUUGGAUUGUCUGAAGGGACUUUCCUUGUGCGUGACAGCAGCCAUCCACUCUACCUCUUCACCCUCUCCGUACAGACCUGGAGAGGCCCCACUAACAUCCGCAUCAAAUACAACAGCGGCCGAUUCCGUCUCGAUUCCAGUUUUCCAGCCCGAUCUUGCCUGUUGUCCUUUUCUGCUCUUCCUAGUCUCGUGCAGCACUAUACAUCAACGAGUCAAGGGGAGGAGAGGACAGCAGAAGAACAUCACGUGAUGUCAAAGUACAAUGGCAUCCUGUUGAAGCUCAGGAAGCCUCUGCACAGACCUAAGGCCUUUCCAACAUUACAGCACCUCACACGCCUCACUAUAAACAGACAUACUGGUUGCCAUACACAGUUGCCGCUGCCACGGCUGCUGCUGCUUUACUUGCAAGAAUACCCCUUUCAGGUGUGAGGACACUUGGGGAGAUGUUGGUGCAUUUCAGGGGGUUCGUUUUUGCAAAGUGAAUUGGUGACUUAGCCAAAAUUUGUAAAUGAUGCUCCCUCGCAGAAUCAUGGGUCCUUUUAUUGUGGUCAUAUAAAGAGAUUUACUUCCAGUUGUGCAAAUAAACUAGGACUAUUUAGUGUA